UUUAGCCACGCUGGCAUACAGCAACAGCUAUCAAUAAUAUUUAUUCUGGUCACCCUGGCGUUUCCUAGCUUUAGUGGUGUUUAUCUUCCAAAGCAAGAAAAUGAAUUUGUGCACACAGUCUUGGACGAACUGGAAAAUUUCAUACAGAGAGAUAACCAGAAAAGUGUGGUACUCUUCCCCGCUCUACCAAACAGACUGCGCUACCUGAUCCACAAAACCACUGAGAACUACCCCAGUUUGGCAACUUUCUCAGUAGGGGAGAGCUGGUGCAGGAGGGUUGUGAUUUGCUUCCAUCAACUCAGGGUUGAGCUGGAGGAGUACAGUGACAGUGAAAGCAACAGUAGUUUGUAUGAAGAGCCUUACAGACGGGGAGUAGGGGUGGAUAACAAGCUCUCAAUGCAGGCCAGACCUACCCGUACCUCCCUUAGGAACCAAGGGGCUAAGCGCCCAGACAAGGCCAUCUAUGUCCCUCGCGCCGCCAGGGAGAGACUUCCGCUUUCUCCUCCGGAUUCCCCUUUGACGACAAUAGACGUGGGUUUGCCCAACCUUGGUCCUUCAGGUAGCACCCAAUCUGUCACCAGUGCCUCUUCCCUAUGCUCCAGCUCCAGCUCUGAAACCACAGAAGGAACAUUAUCAUGUGCUCCCAACCAGAACAGCGCAACUGACAGCUUGGCAGAAUCUACAGCACACAAUUCUGAUCAGCUUCUGGGUAAGCAGAAGGAUAUGUUUGUGCAGCUCAAUGGUGCCAACUCCAGUCAUUGGCCUCCUGCUUUGGACCAUGUAGUGUCCUACUUCAUGGCUGUGACCCUGGAGGACUCGGAAGAGGACAUGCAUGGGCAGGAGAACCUGAUAGAUGACAGACAGGAGCUGAACAUCUCAGAAAUACCAGCAAAAACCACAGAGGAUGCUAGCAGCUUCUCUGAAGAGGAAGAGAUCAUGGUACACUUGAAAGACACCAACGUAUCAAUUCAGCAUGCCCACAAUGACUACUCCUGCUAUGAGGCCCUUUGGAUUAACCAAGAGGAGUUUUCCCAUGUGAUUGAGAUCUACAACUUUCCUCCCAUGUUCAAAACAGAAGACAUUCAAGAUGCCUUCACAGAAUACAGCUCUGGUGGUAUGAAGAUUAAGUGGGUGGACGACACUCAUGCUCUAGGUGUGUUCUCAAGCCAAUCUGCAGCAUCCCAUGCUCUGUCUCUGCAUCACCCACUUCUGAAGACACGCACGCUGUCUGAAGGGAGCAGGAAGUCCAAAUGCAAAGCCGUGAGACAAGCAGAGUUUAUUCAGCCAGUGAAAGAGCGACCCCGCACUGACUCUGCGGUGGCUCGGAGGAUGGUGACCAGGGCUCUGGGACUGCAGAAAUCUGAAGCACGGGUACAGCAUUACUAGAGAAAGCAACCCAAGCACCAAAACUCCACCUGUCAUAACUGCAAAUCCUCGAGACGUUCAACAUUCAUGAUCAGUUCAUUCAUCCAUAAAUGUUCCAAGAUCAUUAGACUGCUGCUCUUCAGACUGUUCAAGUUUUUAAGUGUUUCAACGGUUAAUUUGUCUGUAGCUUUGUAGGAAAUGGAAACUGUGUUUCUGUAAUAAGGUACAUUUUUACUGUCCACAAUGCCUGUUUUGAAGUUGUAAUUUAAUACUUUUGUCAACUGCUCCAUCCGUUAAUAUUGAAUAUGUCCAUUGGCUGUAUGUAUGUAAUGUACACAGACAUAAUCGAUCAACAGGACUUUUUAGCAAUGACAAAAACAUUUUAACGACUCAUAACAAUUCCAGGAAGUGGCUACAGUUAUGUUUUGUGAAUUCAAAUUAAUUUUAAGAAUCGUUUUAAGCAUUAAAAAAAUCUGCAUACGGCAUCUAUAUUUUCCCCAGUUUAUUGAAUUGCUAGUUGAAUUAAUACUAUCAUCUACAGUAGUAAAUCUUUACCUUCCUUGUGUUCUUGAAAAAAAUCUUCAU